AUGCAGCCCCAAGACAAAAGUGAGCGACUUUCCAUUAAAGUAGACUACUUGGAGAGCAGAGUGACUCAUUUGUCCGCCUCCAACACCGACCUGUCCAGCAGGCUGGUCCAUAGCGAAGAGGAGAAGCUGAAGCUCUCAAAGGAGAUUGUGGAUGAGAAGCUUCAAAUGAACAAGAUGAGAUCCCGGUUUGAAGAGGAGAUGUUUGAACUGAGAAAUAAGAUAUUGAACCAAAAAGGUGAGAUAACAGAACUUGUGACCGAGCGAGAUAAGUUACUCAGCCAGCUGGGAUCAAGCAAGACUGAUCUCAAAGUGGGAGAGAAGAGCGAGCAAGAGUAUGCCUUGCUCAAGAAGGACUACUUGGCUCUAGCUGAGGCCCACCACAAAGAGCUGGCUCAAAGCAUGGAGCUGAGCGCAGAGCUGCUAGCUUUGGCCCAGGCCCAUCACGCCUCGCGCAGCCAGCUGGCCGAGCCGUACCAGAAGGCUCGGGACGCCUCGGACGACCUUCACGGCGAGCUGGACCGAGUGAAGGCCCUCGUCGGCGGCUUGUUGCAGAGCCGAGUCAAACCUGAAGACCUUUCAGCUUUUAACAAGGAGCAAAAAAGCAUGGCAAACACCCUCCUCGGAAACCAAGAAGAGAUGAAAGUUAUGCUGGAAGAGUUGAAACGCUGCUAUGAGGAGGAGCAGAGGACACUCGAGGAGAAGAUUGUGGGGAUGAGAAAAGAGGAGCGUGUCCAAAGCCGCCACCAGAAACCAUCUGAGCAGACUAUGACGCGCUCGUGCUGUCAGAGUCAAAUGAAGGAGGCCGAAGAGGAGAUCGCAAGGCUGCAGCUGCAAGUCAAAGAGCUUCACGAGCAAUAUCGCGCAAGGCUGCUGUGCUAUUUAAGGGACAUAACUAAGUAUAUCGAUGGCGUCGGGGGAGGCAAAACGCUAACUGAGGGAAACAAGUUGAGAGCCUUUGUAGACGCCGUGCUGCAAGAUGUCCGUGCUUCCUACAGGGCCCGUGAGGAGCAGCUCUGCACUGCUGCUCGGGCUUACAAAAAGAGACUGCAGAGGACCACCAAGGCCCAUCACUCCCUAAUAUGUGCUUAUAGGGAUCAGAGGGAACAGAUUUUGGCGAAACCAGACAAGGGUCUCGAGCCUGGACCCCCAGAAACCCAUUUCGACCUUGAGCCCACUGCGCCAAGAGAAGGACUGGACAAGUUUCUUCAGCAAAUUGAGCAGAAUCAAUCAAAAAUGGAGGGUCAGCAACAUGCGGCUAAAGACCAGGUGGUAGUCGUCAAAACACCAACUCGUUCGACCAAUUAUGAGAUGCCAAAACUGGAGGAGAUAUUCCAAGAAUCCUGGUCGGUCAUCAGGAAACAGCUGAAGGAGAUAACGGACUCCACGCUGGGACGCUACGACAAGGAGCAAACAGCAGUUGCAGAAGCACAGGUGUCCCAGUUGCAGGACUAUAUUGACAAGCAUCUUGACAGGUAUAAAGAGGAAAUUGCACAUCUCCGUAAGAUGCGUGGUAAAAAGGAGUCUCCAGUCACAUGUAAAAAUUAAUUCAUUAACUAGGAAAAACUUGG